AUUCUAAGCACAUUGAAGAAGGUAGGAGUCGAUAAGGCCGUUUGGAACUUGGUAUCCGAUGAUUUUGAAUCAGUUCCAGUAAACUGGAAUAUAUCGUUCGACUUUGGGGUGAUUAAGCAAAUAACUGGAGAGGAUAACCUGGAGAAACUCAAAGACAUACUAGUACAAAAAUUGAACGGAGUGGACCGCAGCUAUACAAUUCAAGUGGCAAAGAAAGAUAUCAAACUCACGUUUACCAACAAGGUUUGUGGUGUUCUGCUGAUCAAACCGGAAGCCGCAGCCCCUUUGUGCCAGUUACGCCAGAAUACCCUCAAACAUCCUCCAGGUUUUCUCAUCUUCAAACGGUUCAACAUGAACGGUGCACAGGACCUUCGUCAAAAAGUGGGACUAGAGUCGAGCACCAGUGGGACAUUCUGUGAUAUGGUGAAUUCGCUCUUCGCCCAACAGAUAUUGUGGUAUUCCGAGCAUUAUCAAGGGUGCAGACCCCUCGAUGGGCUGACUGAAAUACCCAGUUUAAUUGCGAGCAUCAAUUUCGACUAUGCAGGUCUGGGAGGGGUAAGCCUGCAUGAAUCAUGUUUCCAAAUGCUCUCCAACAUCAUGAAUUCAAUACUUCAAACGACUACCGACGGCAAGGUUGUUAACGAAACCGCGUUCAAUGCACGAGGUGUUACUAUAUUUAUGAUUCAUGUGCGUUUAUUUGCCUUUUAUCAGAUGAGUGCUGGUCCGUUGGUGGAGCUAGAAAUAUGUUUUAAAUUAUUUUGUUUUCAUCAUAUGGGAUAUAGUGAUAGCAUGGGCUUUGUUGAAACGCCCACUGAAUACUUUUUUCCUUAUAUACUGAGGAUGGAAAAGGUUCAGGUCUCUGGUCAAAUAAUGGACCCCAUUAGAUGGAACUUUGAACCGGAACGUUUUUCGCCAUAUUACGAACAGGCACGGACAUAUACAGCUCAAUCGCUGUCCAAGUCGCUUGGCAAUAUGGGGCUGCUGGACUCUGCAUUAACCAUGAAACCGGAGGCCUUCCGCAUCCAAGAUGAACUUCGCGGACUUGUGGGCGACGUCCGUUUGCUAUUCGAUUUGUUCAGUUUGGGUAUCGAACUGAAAACAAAAGAACCGCGAAUAAUUUUGAGCACACUCAAAUCAAGGAUGCAAAUGCCCGAAAAAAUUAACGAAGCUUACAUCUUCCAUGUUACU